UUUGGAGUGGUUUCUGAUCCCGCCUUCAUCACAACCGAAGCCCCUCUGCAACGCGUCGAAGGGAAAUGUCAGAGCCGACAGAGGAACUCUCCAAUAAGCCCUUCGUGGCCCGGUUGGCCAGUGUUUACCUCAGCAUCUUGGCACUGUUCUGCUUCAAGCUCUUCGUUAAGAUCUCCCUCAACUUGCUGACGUACUUCUACAUUGUCCGCGGGAACCGCAAAGAGGCGGCCAGGAUAUCAGCAGAGUUCUAUGACCAUGGUCAAAAACACAGACCCUGGGCGGACCGCUCGCCCCUCCACGAUGCCGCGAGUCAGGGCCGCCUCCUGGCUCUGAAGACCCUCAUUUCACAGGGUCACAGUGUGAAUGUCCUGACUAUAGACCACGUGACACCCCUUCACGAGGCCUGUGUCGGGGACCAUGUCGCUUGUGCCGGAGCGCUCAUUGAUGCCGGAGCAAAUGUCAAUGCUUCCACAAUUGAUGGAUUCACCCCUCUGUUCAACGCCUGUACAGCGGGCAGUGUGGCGUGCACCGAGAUUCUCUUGGAAAAUGGAGCAAAACCCCAGAGCCUUGUGUAUCAUCCAUCACCAAUCCACGAAGCCACGCGCAAAGGUCAUUACGGUUGUGUGGAGGCUCUGGUGACUUGGGGGGCAGAUGUGGACGUGGACAUUCCUCACCUGGGCACCGCGCUCUACACGGCCUGCGUCUGCCAAGAGCUGGAGUGUGCCAGGAAACUCCUGAGGGAAGGUGCGAGUGUCCAGAAAGGCAAAUCCCUGGAUUCGCCGUUACAUGCGGCCGCGGAGAAAGACUGCACGGCUGUCGCGAAGCUGCUGCUGGACUUCGGCGCAGACAUUAACGCCAGGAACGCAGCGCUUCAGAGGCCGGUGGACGUGGCUCCGGCCAGCAGUCCGACGGAGGGUUUCCUCCUGAUACACGAAGUUAAGCCACGACGGCUGGGUCAGCUGUGUCGUCAGUGCAUCCGGAGCUGCGUCGGCCGCGACAGACUGCGCCUCCUCCCCAACCUCCCGCUGCCCAACAGGCUGAGGAGCUACCUGCGGUACCAAUGA